UGGAAAUCAAAUGCUCUGACACAAAGCAAUAGGCCAACCGCCCAGGCCUCUACGUCCAUCUGUAGAGGUCACGGAAGUCCUCAUUCUAUAUAGACUUUGGGUCGCGAUAAUCUGAACAGUGCCCAAAAAUAACCAAAUAAAAUUACACAUCUCUUCCUCUUAUCUCCCGAGUCUUUUCUUUUCUUUUUCUUGUGUCUCUCGACUGUUCUUGCAAAUCCCUUAGCUGAUUCUCUAGAAUUCCCGCUUCCCAAAAAUUCGCUGAAAAUCACAUUCGUUUCUUGUUUAGGAAAAGGAUAGAGGAAGGACUCAUAUGCAAAGGAGGGGCCUUUCACAUACAUGGCCAGCUUCUGAGUUGUUCAGCUUGAACUCCGUGGCCCGGUCACCGUUUCUUUCCGUCAGGAGACAGUGUAUUUUUAAUGGCUCAAGAUACUUCUGGUGCCGAAUCACCUCAGCCAAGACCAGGUCUCUUAAAAGAUCAAGUUCGAUUGGUUAGGCGAAAGAACUCUGAUCGCUAUGAGAUUGUCCCAAUCCAAGAUCGUCUGUCAUUUGAGAAGGGUUUUUUCAUAGUUAUCCGUGCAUGCCAAUUGCUAGCCCAAAAUAAUGAUGGAAUAAUAUUAGUAGGUUUAGCAGGUCCCUCUGGGGCUGGGAAGACUGUUUUUACUGAAAAGAUACUCAACUUUAUGCCCAGCAUUGCUGUCAUAUCAAUGGACAACUACAAUGAUGCUAGCCGAAUUGUUGAUGGCAACUUUGAUGAUCCCCGUUUGACAGACUAUGAUACAUUGCUCCAGAAUGUCCAUGAUCUGAAGGCUGGAAAGCAGGUUCAGAUUCCAAUUUAUGAUUUCAAGUCUAGCUCCCGCACAGGAUACAGGACACUUGAAGUCCCAAGCUCCCGUAUUGUGAUCAUUGAGGGUAUCCAUGCUUUGAGUGAAAAGAUGCGAUCUUUAUUGGACCUCCGGGUAUCUGUAACAGGUGGAAUUCACUUUGAUCUUGUCAAACGGGUUUUGAGGGACAUACAACGUGCUGGGCAAGAACCAGAAGAAAUCAUUCAACAAAUAUCUGAAACGGUAUAUCCAAUGUACAAGGCUUUUAUUGAGCCAGAUCUCGGAACAGCACAUAUAAAAAUCACCAAUAAGUUCAACCCAUUCACUGGAUUCCAGAGUCCCACUUAUAUUUUGAAGUCUGCGAGGAAUGUGACAGUGGAUCAAAUCAAGGCUGUCAUCACUGAAGAACAUGCAGAAACUAUGGAGGAAGUCUAUGAUAUUUAUCUUCUACCCCCUGGUGAAGAUCCUGAAUCUUGCCAAUCAUAUUUAAGGAUGCGGAAUAAAGAUGGAAAAUACAGUCUCAUGUUUGAGGAAUGGGUUACUGAUAAUCCAUUUGUUAUAUCACCAAGAAUAACUUUUGAAGUCAGUGUGCGGCUUCUUGGUGGGCUAAUGGCCUUGGGGUACACAAUAGCAACUAUCCUGAAAAGAAACAGCCAUGCAUUUUCUGAUGACAGGGUGUGUGUGAAAAUUGAUUGGUUGGAACAGCUAAACCGUCAAUAUAUUCAGGUGCAAGGAAAAGACCGUUUGGUGGUAAAAUGUGUUGGGGAGCAGCUCCAGUUGGAAGGUUCAUAUAGUCCUCGUACUUACAUAGAACAAAUUCAGCUCGAAAAGCUUGUAAAUGAAGUUAUGGCAUUGCCAGAUGAUUUGAAGACAAAGCUUAGUAUAGAUGAGGAUAUGGUUUCCAGCCCCAAAGAGGCUCUUUCUCGAUUCUCUGCAGACAGUGUUGCUAUGAGAAAUAAGCACUUCAAGAGUGGUAUGUCGCACUCAUAUUCAACCCAUCGAGACAAGAAUCUGCCUAAUCAUACUGGAUUUUCCGUCAGCAACCGAAAGUUUGAUGACAGACCCACAGAAUUACCAGCAAUGCUAGCAAACAAGGGAGCCAUUACUCAGCUGUCAGAACAAAUUUCAUCACUAAAUGAUAGGAUGGAUGAAUUUACAAGUCAGAUUGAAGAGCUGAAUUCCAAGUUAACCAUGAAGAAAGUUUCUGCAAGCCAACAAAACUUGGCUUUUCAGGCUGAAGCAAGCAAUGGCUCUGCUCCUACUUUCUUCAUCCCUGGCUUAGGCAACGGUUCCUUGACUGGAACCAUGAUGCACAAAUCCUCAUCUUCCUCCCAGUUGGCUAAGGAGCUUCCUUUAAUGGAAGAGAUACUAGGAAUUGCACGGAGUCAACGGCAAGUGAUGCAUCAGUUGGACAAUAUUAGCAGUCUUGUGCGGGAGGACAUAGGAGAAGGGAGAUCAGAGGGAGGAAGAAGAGAGAGGAAAAGCAUAAUGCUUGACAUUGAACCCACUAGAGUUCCUCUGAUAUUGGCACUGGCAGUUGGUGGCUUGGGUAUAUUCUUGUUUAAAGCCUUUCUACCCAGAAACUGAAUAUGAAAAACGAAAGAGUGGCUGGUUUGGAUCCCACCCAAGUAUUUUGCAGUACACCACCCUUCUGCUCGGGAACACACAGUCAAGUAAGCUUUAGUGUUGAUGGACACAUAAUAGACCCUACUUUGUUUUAGGGAUGAGGCCAGUAAACCCAAAAAAAAAAAAAGAAAAGAGAAAAGAAAAGCUCUUUCAAUCUUGGUCUCGGAGGUUUGCAAACGAAGGGAUGUUUUAGCAAAUUUUGUAUUUGUUGUGGGGUUCCCCAUAUUCAUAUGUUACUUGGGAGAAAGGGUUUUCUUCUUCUGCUAGCUUCCUACCUUCUCAAAGUUUCCUUACAGUUAUUAUAUUUCAAUUUUCAAUAUUUUCCUCCUUGCCCA